UUUGGUUCCGUGUCAAAUCAAAUAUUUUAGGUUAUAUCUUAUAUCUGAAAUUUCAUUUCAUUUUCAGAUUUUCGAAUUUUCCUCAAAUUUUGUUGUAUCAAAACAUGGGCGACAAUACCGGUCCACCUCUUUCUAAUGAAGAAGCUUUGAAAUUGUGUUCCUCUCCUCCCGAGGAAACGAAGGAUUAUAUUUUUCAACAAACAAUGUAUAGAAUCAAGGAUCCGAGGAAAUCUAUACCAUUUUAUACAGGAGUAUUAGGCAUGCGUCUCCUUACUAAGCUAGAUUUUCCUGCCAUGAAAUUUUCCCUUUAUUUCAUGGGAUACGAGAACUCUGAAGAUUUUCAAGGAGAACUCAGCUCCAAAGAACAAAUUGGAUGGACAUUUGGCAGAAAAGCAACUGUUGAACUUACACACAAUUGGGGAACUGAAAAUGAUGAUGAUUACAAACCUCAUAAUGGAAAUCAAGAUCCAAAAGGCUUUGGACACAUAGGUGUAAUGGUACCUGAUGUAUACAAAGCAUGUGAACGUUUUGAAAAACUGGGUGUGAAUUUUGUGAAAAAACCAGAUGAUGGAAAAAUGAAAGGACUUGCCUUUAUAACAGACCCAGAUGGUUAUUGGAUUGAAAUUUUCAAUAAUGCUAGGGUAGCUGAAGUUGUACCAAAUUUCAGCCAAUGAUUCAAUUUUUUAUUUUACACUUAUUGUGUUUGUAAAUAAUUUUUAUUGAAGUUUAAAAUAAAUCUAUAAUAAGUUUACUGUUUUUUUAGACACCACUCACAAUAAUGUAUAAAGAAAUAUCACCAUGAAGGGGAAAUACAGAUACCCAAAAGUAGCAAAAAGUACAUUUUAUAUGCUUACUGGAGAUUCAGUUAGAGAAAAACUCAGAAAAAAAAAACAACCAAUACAUGAAUUAUCUUUUUGCAUAGGUACUUUUGACUUACAUUGUAUUUGCCCUUUUCAUUAACCUAUACAAAUGGAAAUACAUCAAAUAUAUAUGUAUAUUAUAUAAAUCAACAACUUAUUCUCACAUCCACUAAUGACUACUGACUAGGAUAAACUUUCAAAUAAAUAACAAAUGCACCAAUAGAAUUUUUUAACUGUACAGGAACGAACUCCUUAUAAGGUGAUGUGUUCAAAUGAAAAGUAAAAUGUUUUCCUUGGUGAUCCUUACUGCAUCUUGAAUUGUAAAAAUAAAAGGACAAAUACCUCUUUGGCAAAGUAUAUUGGAGGUCUAAAAUGUUUGCAACAACGAAUUUAUUGCCGAAAAUAAUGGUGUUGUAAGUGAGUGUGUUAGAACAACCUGAAAUGUUGAUUCCUUAGUAGCAUUUGGCGCAUUCAUGCGCAUUACAAUGCGUUGAACUGUGGUUAAUAGGAAUGUGAAUUCGCUAAAAUAAGUAUACACGCGUUCUAUAAGACAAAAUACGAGGACAUGUUUGUUUGAUAUCUGUUUUUGUGAAGUCAUAGAUGUGGUUGUAUUCAGAUUAAUUUUUCUAUAAAAAAUUAUUUCCAUCCAUUUUUGAUAAUUUUAAAAUUGUGUAAGUAGUCAUUUUCAAUAGUUCUUGCAGGUAUUUUUUGUUUUUUUGGCAAUUUAAAAUGUUAUUAUCUAAAAUUAUAUCGCCCUGUAUCUCCUAAACAAAACGGGUUUGAAAAAAAACAAAGGACAAAAUAUUUCUCAACAAGAACUCCUAGGAAUUUAUAUGGAGUAAAUGAUCAAAGCUGGAUGUUUGUCUGAUUGACUCAUUGAAUCUAGACAUGGAGAAUUAAACUUAUAUGUUUUGCUCAUGAGAGUGUUUUUAGACUUCUUCUAAUACUGAAUUCAAUAACAAAAUUGGAAAAAAAACUCAUGAAAAACAGGAUAUAAGACACUACUGAAGAAUUCCAACUUGAAAAAAAUCACAAUGACCACUCAACUUCCUAUAAAAUGCAUGAAAUCCCAAACGUAAACAAACGUUAAAAGUAGCUUUUAUUAGUUACUUGAAUGUCCACAAGAGAGCGUCUCCCUUAUUUUGAAUCUAUUCAUGGUAGUCUAGGAAAUCAUCUGACGUUGCGAUGACAUACGUCAGAUGAUGACCUUGACUACCGAAAAUUGCAAAAUGCAUUUUUCAACGAAAACAGAGAGACCAAUAUGUAUAUUGAUUACCAUAGAGCAUUAUCUUCCGUAAAUCUCAUCCAAUGAAUGACCCACUACCAUUGUAAAUAAAGGAUCCAAGGAAAACAAAGGACCCCGCACCAUUUACAUUGAAAUCUUGUCUACUGUGAAAUUUUGUGAAAAUCUAGGAUUGGAUAGAUCAAAUCAUGCUGAACAAGAAAUGUCUUUUGGUCCAAGGUCCGUUAUGCCCGUUAAAAGAAGUUAUAAGCUCUUGAAGCCAAACGAGAUAACCUCUACCAGAACAGCACAACCUGUGUGGUUUUGGCUAAUAUAUUUUUGCGUUGUCAGAUGAUGGUCAUUCAUGUUAUAUCAGUAAAAGUCAUUGAGCAAAAGCGUAUUACUUUGUUCAAAUACAUAUUAGAUGGGUUAUCAGAAUAGGUUUCGUUGCUUUAUAUGUGGUAGCGAAGGCAAUCUUGAUGCUAUGGUACGCAUCGAUCGAGAUAAAAAAUACAUCGUCGGUGGGUUCUAGAGGAAGAAAGGAUGUACCCCUAACCGAUCGUACUCGUUUAUUUCUGUACUGUAAUUGAUCCAUUAUAGAGGAACUUGGGAUUCGGGAUAAUGUUCAUUCUAUGAACCUGAAUGUUGUCUUUCCCAUCCAUGCAAGAGUGUGCAUACUUUGUGGCGCAAAUAAUAAUUAGUUGCUAGAGUCAAUGUAUAUAUUGUGAACGAUAUUUUUAUCCCUGAAAAUGCCCAAUCUUGUCUGGAACAUGUCAACGCUGAUGGUGUAAUAUUGCCACCAUUGAUUGGUGGUUUACGGUUCUACGGACAGGCCACUAAUAGUCCCCGGUCUAGACUCGCAACGUAUUUGAACAAAGUAAUACGCUUUUGCUCAAUGACUUUUAGUGACAUAACAUGAAUGACCAUCAUCUGACAACUCAAAAAUAUUCGCGGGAAUCAAUGUUACCAGGUAGCGCUCGGUUUUCAUCGUUCCAUGUCAAAGCCACGUCAAAACUGGGGGAAAACAAACUCAAUCCUCAUUCAAUCCCAUUAGUGCCAUUAGCUUGUGUACUGUGUACUGAUAAAAGUGAUA